GCAGGGCGAAGGGAAAGUAUGGAGAGGGGAAGGGAGUGGAGGGGGCCGGGACUCUGGCGGCGGAAGGCAUUCAAUGGCGGCGGAACCCAACAGCCGGCCGUGACUGUGAGAGCUUCGCGUCACAUGCCAAGAGCUUCAGGACACCUUGCUUCUACCCUCGUUGUUCUCUCGCUGACCCUUUCUCCUUCUUCUUACCUCCUCGUGAUGCAUUGCUACUAUUAGCACUUCUUUGAUCGCCCCGCAUAUUUUCAUCCUCCGCCAUGAUGUUGCAGCCCAGUUCUGCGUUGGUUCUCGUCGCGUCACUUCUGGCGGCCCUGCCCGUCAACGCUGAUGGAUUGUAUACCAAGAAAUCCCCGGUCCUGCAGGUCAACCACAAGAAUUAUGACCAGCUGAUCGCCAACUCCAACCACACUUCGAUCGUAGAAUUCUACGCGCCCUGGUGCGGUCAUUGCCAGAACCUCAAACCCGCCUACGAAAAAGCCGCCAAGAACCUCGAGGGACUGGCCAAGGUCGCGGCCGUGAACUGCGAUGAGGAUGAGAACAAACCCUUCUGCGGCCGCAUGGGCGUCCAGGGCUUCCCGACCCUCAAGAUCGUCACUCCCGGCAAGAAGCCCGGCAAGCCCCGCGUCGAAGACUACAAAGGCGCUCGCAGCACCAAAGCCAUCGUCGAAGCCGUCGUCGACCGAAUCCCCAACCACGUGAAGCGCGCCACGGACAAGGACCUGGACACCUGGCUCGCGCAGGAGGAAGAAACCCCCAAGGCCAUCCUCUUCACCGAGAAAGGCACCACCAGCGCUCUCAUUCGCGCCCUGGCCAUUGACUUCCUCGGCUCCAUCCACGUCGCUCAAGUCCGCAACAAGGAGUCCGAGGCCGUCGAGAAAUUCGGCAUCACCGAGUUCCCUACCCUCGUCCUGCUCCCCGGAGGCGACCAAGACCCCAUUGUCUACGACGGCGAGCUGAAGAAAGCACCCAUGGUCGAAUUCCUCAGCCAAAUCGCCGCUCCGAACCCGGACCCCGCUCCCAAGUCCCCCAAAUCCUCCACCCCCCGCGAUACCCAGAAACCCGUCGAAUCCCCCGACCCGAAGAUCGUCCCCGACGACGCCAAGGAAGCCAAACCCGCCAGCGUCCCCAUCCCAGCUCCCUCCAUCGAUACCCUGCCCACCGCAGAGGCCCUCGAAGCCGCCUGCCUGCUGCCCAAAUCCGGCACCUGCAUUCUAGCCCUCCUCCCCGAACCGACUGAGCCGGACGCAGACCUCCCCAGCCCAGCCAAGGACGCCCUUCUCAGCCUCUCCGAGAUCUCUCACAAAUACUCCGUCCGCCGGCACAAGCUCUUCCCCUUCUACAGCGUCCCCGCCAUCAACAGCGGCUCUCAGACCCUUCGCGCUGCCCUCGGCCUUCCCGAAGACCAAACCUCCGUCGAGAUCAUCGCUCUGAGCGGCCGUCGCGGCUGGUGGCGCAGAUACGACUCCGCCGAAGGCGCCGAGUACGGUCAGGACCGGGUCGAGGCCUGGAUCGAUGCCGUACGACUCGGUGAGGGCGAGAAGGAGAAGUUGCCCGAGGGUGUCAUUGUCGAAGAGAAGGUUGAGGAGCAGCCCGCGGCCGAUCACGACGAAUUGUAAAUUAUCCACUAUGCCGGAGUAGCGUGCAUGAUUUGUUGUUGUUGUUAGUUUUAUUAGCCAAGGUGUUUUGUUAUUUAGGUAGAGACCAACAAGUACUACAAGUACUAGGAUUCGGAUUGGAAACAUUCCUUGCUCCCUAGUUGGGUUGUAUUUUACUUCGGGUACUUGAUAGAUUACUUACUACUGUAUGCCUAAAAUACUUGAUCUUUACAUCAGAGCAAGGAAAGGAAAGAAAG